UUACAAAAACUCUAUGACCAAAUCAGUGUCAUGAUGAAAUUAUUAUGUAGUUAGUGAAUUUGUGUGAAUUGUUUGUGUUUUGUUAUAAUAUGCUCAGGAAAAACUAUGCCUUCUAGCAAAAACUUAUAGUUUUUGCCAUAAAAUGGUAUUCUGUUUCAAACGAAAACUUUGCAAUCAGUACUUGGGUCACAGAACUAAUACAAAAUGGAAACUAAAAAGGACAAAUGGGAGGCUCUCGCCACCGUGAAAGCCUUCGAUUUAGGUUUAAAUCAAAACAGCCAACAUGAGUACAUACUGCACCAGAGUAUGCAACAAGUAGAAAUAGUACAAUCAGCUGCCACCACACCUAUCAGCCUCCUCAUCCAAUCCCUCGUCAAACAGCUCUGUGCACUCCUCGAAAAAGACAUGACCAGAGCAAACCAACUGUACAACACUAUAUGCGAGAAACUGCACAGCAUGCAUCUUAUAGAUGACUCGUACGCUAUGGGAGAGUUUGAGGCCAUGAGGAGCCAAUACCAACGAGCUCUGUACCAGCUAGUUACCGUGGCAACUGGUUCCGAAAUACCAAUAACGAUACCAGCGUCAUGGCCGAUCAAUCAACCAUCUUGCUUAGAAUGGUCCAGAUACCAUAGAGAAUUUGAUGAAUUAUACUACAUCGCUGGCGGAGGUUUCGGUAGCGUUUUCAAAGCCAAACACAGAUUAGAUGGAGUUGAGUAUGCUGUGAAGAAAGUGUUCAUCAAGUCUUGUGACGUCGACUCUAUAAUGACUCAUUUGGCCGAAGUUAAAACGCUGGCUAGUUUGAACCAUCCGAAUAUAGUUAACUACAAAGCUGCCUGGCUUGAACCGAUGAUAGAAUCGAAUGUGACAAAGAAGAAACGUAAAUAUCAAAUGGACAUGGACAGUGAUGAUUUCUCAGCACUCAACUCCAGUUUGCUGUCUUCAAAGCUUAAUUUAGUCAAGUCUUUCAAAACUCAUAACUCUAAGGAACUUACGAAGCAUCACAGUCAGUCCGAUUUCAUUAUUUCCUUCAAAAACUCAAGCAGUCAAGAGCAAUCUGACAAUUCUAUAGAAGAUUUUGACGAAUCCGAGAGUGAUGAUGACUCCGAUUCUCCUCAAGAGGAACAAGCCGUUUGCAAACUUUUCGACAGCAAAGAGUACGAGAACUGCUCCCGAGUAAACUUAAAAUGGGCUACACUGUACAUCCAAAUGACAUUCUGUAAACAAACUCUGAAGCAAUGGCUUGAUGACCGCAACAACCUCAUGUCUACAUCCCGUAAGAGUUCUACCGAUCUGUCUUCAGGCGAUGACUCUGGAUUUGACACAUCCCCGGACACAAAAUAUCCUGUAGCGUGGACACAUAUUGAUGUUCUCAUAGAUAUGUUCACACAGUUGGUGAAAGGGUUAAACUAUAUACACUCUAAAGGUAUAAUCCACCAUGAUGUGAAGCCUUCGAACGUGUUUGUGGCACAGAGUGAGACGGGAGUGCUGGUGCAGCUGGGAGACUUCGGGCUGGCGUGUCCGCUGCAGCAGUCGCACAGUGGAUUAGCGCUGGGUACACACCUGUAUGCAGCUCCUGAGCAGUUGGAGGGACAGUGCAACCCUAAGAGUGACAUGUACAGCCUCGGCAUCAUCCUCCUCGAAAUGAUAGAGCCUUUCAGCACCGACAUGGAGCGAGUGAAGACCAUCACCGACCUACGGAAAGGCCAGAUCCCCGCCCAUCUCACCGCCAACUACCCCAAAAUUGCCCACAUCAUAGGUAAACUAGUCCAACGACGCCCAGCAAAGCGGCUUGAUACUAGACAACUUUUAGAAGAACUUAAGACCCUAUCGGAGAAUAAAGAUGAUACUAUCAAGUCGCUGAGAGAGGAAUUGGCAGCGAAGGAAGAUGAAAUAGCACAGUUGAAGAUGAUGCUGGCUAAAUUCAGUCACAAAUCUUGAAACCUUCGAAACAGCAAUAAGUGUACUUAAGUGUGUGUGUGUGUUAUAUGUAAUCCUGAGUGUGAUCGGAGUGGUUAUGUAGAUUUUUAACUAUGAAUAGAUUGUUAUUGUUAGGUCUGCUAUCUUGCUGCACUGAUGUUGUUUAAGUAAUGAUACUAAUGAUACAGGAUGUUUUUCUACCCUUAGCCAUGUUGUGCAACUGCAACUUGAUUAUAUAAAUCAUGAGGAUUUUACAGAA